AUAAUAACUGCGGUCACAUUUAAUUAAAAGAGAUGGGAAUGAAGAGUGGGAAGGGGAGGGGAGAGGAGAGAGAGACAAGGAUGGGCGAGGGCGACGGAGGAGACGAACCUCUGACGCCGGCGGGGAGGCUGUUCCUGCAGGAAGAGAUGAAGCAGAUAAUCCACUGCGUGGUGGGAAUGAAGAAUCCGAUAGACGUGGAGUCAGUGAGAUCAGAAAUCAGGAACUCCACUCUGCUGCAGCACCCAAGGUUCACCAGCCUCAUGGUUCGGGACCACAGAGGAGUUGAGCACUGGAGGCCCACCCAGAUAGACAUAGACAGGCAUCUCCGCGUGAUAGAGGAAUCCAUGGGCGAGGACGAUGAACGGGCCAUCAACCAGUACCUGGCGGAUUUAUCCAUCGACAGCAGUGGGCUUAGGGUGGACAAGCCCCUGUGGGAAAUCCAUCUUCUGAUGCCCCACAAGUGCGCUAUUUUCCGAAUCCAUCACUCCCUCGGGGAUGGCAUUUCCUUGAUGUCAAUGCUCCUCGCCAGCUGCCGGAAGCUCAACCACCCUCACACCCUCCCUACCAUCUCCACCUCUUCUUCUUCUUCUUCCAACACUCCCUUCACUCUCUGGAGUCUCCUCGUUACCCUCUUCUUUUGUUUUCUCUUUUCCCUCCAGUUCAUCCUUCGAUGUCUCUGGAUUCGUGACUCCCAAACCGCCAUAACCGGUGGCCCUGGGGUUCAGCUCUGGCCCAGGAAGAUUGCUACUGCCUCCUUUUCCUUGGAACACAUGAAGUCCGUCAAGAAGGCUGUUCCUAAUGCGACCAUAAAUGACGUUCUAUUUGCAGUUAUAUCAUCUGGAAUAUCAAGAUACCUAGACUUCCGGGCACCUAAUGGGCUGCGAGACGGUGUUCAGCUAACAGGGUUAGCCAUGGUUAAUAUAAGAAAGCAGCCAGGAUUGCAGGAGCUACCUAAUUUGAUGAGAAGCAAUUCAGGAGCAAGAUGGGGUAACAAAUUUGGUAUGAUUCUCCUGCCUAUAUAUUACCACAAAAGCAACAGUUCAGAUCCUUUAGAAUAUUUGAAGAGAGCUAAAGCAAUGAUCGACAGAAAGAAACGAUCUUUGGAAGCCAGUUUCUCAUACAAAAUUGGAGAUUUUGUAAUGUCGACUCUUGGUCCAAAGUAUGCUAGCUUUCUAAAUUACCGGAUACUCUGCCACACUACCUUCACAAUCUCAAAUGUGGUUGGCCCACAAGAGGAGAUUAUGAUUGGAGGCAAUCCUAUAACGUUCUUAAGGGCAAAUAAUUCUGCCUUGCCUCAUGCGCUCAUAUUGAAUAUGGUGAGCUAUGCUGGAAGGGCAGACAUGCAAGUGCAGGUGGCCAAAGACAUCAUCCCCGAUCCUGAUUUUCUGGCCAAAUGCUUCGAAGAUGCGUUGCUUGAAAUGAAGGAGCAGGUUACGGCCAAAAUCUGACAUUUAGAGAUACUUUUGUUAAAUGUUGUAACAAAUGGCAAAGUUUUACUAUGAAUUUUGAGAUGAUACGCAUAAUCACAGGCAAGGAAUCAUUUACAUUACGAUAUUAACGUUUACUUUACUAAAUGUAAAGUAUUUGUGACACACCCGGCUCUUUCUUACCGUUGAUAGCUAUACAACAUGUUAAAAGACUCUGUCAUCUCAGCAUUUUGCACUUAUUCUGUCGUCCUUCGACCUUCAACCUUCAACAGUCCUCUAUUUGAUAAGUUAUCCUUUGGAGGCAUUUGAAUAUAUAGAUUAAUUAAGU